GAACAGGAGGGUCCUCGACCACUACGGCUAAACCGGAAAAAGAACCAACUCCUAGUCAACCAACUGCUUCAGAACCAACUAAAGACCAACCAACUUCUUCCUCCCCGCCUUCUCUUGCUACUAAGAAAGUUGAAGAAACCAUUCAACAAUUAGACGAAAUUAGUAAAGAUUUAGACCAGCAUCAAACUAACUCUAACCCAGAAGCAAACUCUCCUGCUUUCCAAAAAGAACAAAAAUGUGAUAGUAAGCAAGUAGAAGUUUUUUUUGGUAAUGAUGCUGACGAAAGUAUCACAGGAUUACAUUAUAAGGCUACUCGUUGUCCUACUUGUAAAAAAGAUAAAGAUAUAACUCUUUAUUCGGCUCCUACUGACAACCCUAAAACUAACGGGAAAAGCAAAAAAGAA